CGGUAUCCCAACCAAACCGCGGCGAACAAGUAACUCAGAAACGCCCGACCGAGGUCGCAAACUCCCGAACGGCGUUCGCCUUUCCUUCUAUUCCCUCGUACCCGAAUUUUCCCCCAGUCUCUCCCUUCCUCUCUCGGCGAUGCGCUCCGAGUUCUCCAUUGAUUGCACUCCGCCUUGACGACCAGUCCAAUCCAAGAAAAAAAAACUCCGUGAUGGCGGAGAACUCCACUUCCUCCUCCCCUCAGAAGCCCCUCGGCACCCAUAGCGGCGGCGGUGGCGACCCCAUCCCAACCCUCAACCCCCAAAACCCUAAUCUCCCGUCCUCCCAGAUCCCCCCAUCCCCUUCCAUCAGCGACCUCUCCCGGAUCUCCUCCCCCCAAAUCCCCCAAGCCCAGCCCCAAAUCAACCCUGUCGCCCCCCUGGAUUACGCUUCGAAGCAGCAACAGCAUCCCCAAUCCCAGCAACAGCAUCAGCUCCAAGCCCAACAACAACAACAGCUACCAAACCGACAGCAGCAGCAGCAGCAGAGCCUGAUGUCGCCUUCCACGAGCUUCCAGCUCCAGCAGGGCCUCCUGAGAUCGGGUUCGAUGCCGAGGAUAAGCCAGAUACAGCAGCAGUAUGGUGCGGCGUUGGCGGCCAACGCGAUGCGGCAGCAGCACGCAAGCGUGUACGGCGGGCAGAUGAACUUUGGCGGCGCGCAGCAGCAGCAGCAGCUGGCUGCCGGCAUGUCGAGGGCGGGGACAAUGGGGCAGGCCGGGCAGCUGCCAAUGCUGCCUGGGCAGACCGUGUCGCAUCUCAAUCUGCCGUCCCAGAUGCUCGCGCAGCCAAGGCAGAAGAUGGGCUUGGCCCAAGGUACACAGUUGCAUCCCGGUAAUUCAUCAGGGCAGGCAUUGCAAGGGAUGCAGACAGUGGGUGUGAUGGGUUCGCUAGGUUUGAAUCCACAGCUAAGAGUUAAUGGACCUCCGUCAUAUGGUCAGCAACGUUUUGCCCAGGGGCAAAUGAGGCAGAAGCAGCAGCUGUCGCAACAAAUGGCUCUCGCAUCUUCUCAGAAGCUACCUGGUCAAAGCUUACCAAGGGCACCAUCGCUUGCAGCAAUGAACCCCCAGUUACCUGGUUUAACUCAAAAUGGGAAAUCGGCACUGGUGCAGACAACUCUCUCUCAGCAGCAGCAGCAGUGGCUGAAGCAAAUGCAGCCAUCAAUGGGUGCACCAGUUUCUCCUUCCUAUCACCUUCAACAACAGCAGAGGCAGCAGCAAGCCUUCCUGCCACAACAACUGUCUUCAUCUCAGCUGCAUCAAAAAUCCAUGGGCCUGACCCAACAGCAAAUCUCUCAACUGGUACAACAGCAGCCGCAGCUGGGUGCUCAGCAACAGCAGCAGCAGCUAGGUGCUCAGCAACAGCAGCAGCAGCUGGGUGCUCAGCAACAGCAACAGCAACAAAAAUUGCUUCAGCAACAACAAUUGCUUCAGCAACAGCAGCUGCAGCAGCAAUCUCCAAGGAUGCCAGGGCCUGCACCCCAAAAAUCUGUAAGUUUGACUGGAUCACAACCGGAAACACCUGCAUCUAUGACUGGUGGUAGUUCAAGUCAAGGAAUGGAAGCAACGAAUCAACUUCUUGGAAAGAGAAAGAUCCAGGAUUUGGUUUCACAGGUGGAUCCCCUAUGUAAGCUGGAUCCCGAAGUUGAAGACCUCCUUUUGGAGAUGGCUGACAACUUCAUUAAUUCAGUUACCACAUUUGCAUGUAGUCUUGCAAAGCAUCGUAAAUCUUCAAUGUUAGAGGCCAAGGAUGUAUUGCUGCACCUAGAGAAAAACUGGAAGUUGACCAUUCCAGGUUAUACAAAGGAGGAGCAAAAUCACCAAGGAAAAUCCUUACCUGUUGAUGUCCACAAGAAACGUCUGGAAAUGGUUCAAUCAUUGAUGGAGUCCCAGCAAUCAGACAGAGAUACAAGUGUUGCCAAAGGAACGACUAAACAGGUUGCAAGUGAUCCAGCUAGUGAUCAUCCAAUAAAAGCUUCACCUAGUUCAGAGCAGUUAUCCACUCCAGCAGUUGGCUCCCAAAUGUUGCACAAAGUACACCGGUUUUAGCUGUUCUUUUGCACUUCAUAUGCUCUCUCCCGCCAUUGCUUUUUGCUAGCGAGACCUGAAAUGUGAGUAUCUUCACUAGGUUGAGAUCUGUCUCUUUAAUGACUAAUUUGUGUUGUGCCUGAGCUCUGGUGUCACCAUUGUACUCAAUCAUGGGAGGCUCAGAAAAGAGUUGCUCAAGUAGGUACUGGACUAAGAGCUGCUUCAUGUCUUCAGCUCAUUUAUUUUAUCAUGUUUGUGUCGUAUGUACUUCAAAUAAUCAAGAUAGGAAAACUUUGUAUAGCAUUUUGUAAAUAACCCAUGUAUAAAAUCUUAUAAUUAGCAAAACAACAGGAGAAUUUAGAAAAGGCCAUUAUGUUGAAAAGCUCUAUCAGAUUGAAUUAUA